CAAAUCAGUUCGUCCGUUAGAAAGCCAGCAACAGUCAGGCUAGGUUCGUUUUUUGUUCGAGUUUUUGAGAUAUUAAUUUUAAUUCAUUUCUAACUUUCUCCAUCUUUAUUAUUUAAAUUCAAAAACAAGUAGACAAGCAGCCAUAAACUGCGAAAACAUGUCUUUGGUGUUGCUUGAGCCGGACAAGCUAGAUGAGGUGAUGAGGUGAAAGAGAACAAAGUAAAGUUGAAGUUUGAAGAGGAAGAGUCGAUUGACGUGGACGUGGAAGUGGAGAUUGAGGGCGACGAAUUUUCAGGGGUCGUCGAUCCUAAGGAAGAAAUCCCUGACGCAUCAGUUGUUCAUAAUGAAAUGGACGCUUUCCUCAGCACUGACGACGACAUUCCAAUGUUCGGUGGACGAAGGAGUGAUACGACGUAUAAAUGGAAAGGCGAUGAUGAAGAUGACGACGGGUCAAGUUCUUCUGAUUCUGGGUCUGAUUACGAGUACGACGAGGGGAGGAAGUCAUCGAUUAAAAAUAAGAAGUGGCAGGAUGCAGAAGAACCGUGUUCGUCGGGCAGUCUGGGUCGCCGCCCUUCGGUUGCUGUGGGUGGAGAACGGAAUGACUUGUUAAACACCUCGUCCUACAAGCGGAUGGAAAAACAAAACCAUUGUCCUCCUGCAGCACCAAUCAAAACAAAACUUGGUCGAAACCCGGAAGCUGAAAUUGAAGACCCGAAAGAAGAAAGACUUUUUUCAGAGGCUGAUGUGAAACGGGUCUGUGCUGCGCUCAAGACUAAUGAAAUUAUGCCUAAAGCGGAUAUAACCUUGCCAUUGAAGAAAUUUACUGGGUCUAUCGUGUCGACUAUGAUGCGAACAUUGCACAUCUCCAAAGAGGCCACAAUCCGUCAGUACGAGGGAUUGAAGCGGAUUGGUCCCCGAGUUCUGACACAAUCUGGCGAUGAACGAAAUCAAGCGAUGUCGCUGCACGAAAUGAAACAAUCGACACCUGUCGUCCUUAAUUCAAUUUUGAAAGCGGAGCAUCUCGUGUACAUCGCGAGCUGUGUGGAUGCUAAGGCCCGGCUUGACAACAAAAAGUGGCUGAUCGAGCUGGCAGACGUGUUCUUGCAUAAUCAAAAGUAUGCAAUGUUGGAAUUUUGCACCAGGACCGCUGGUAUUGCCCCGUUUCCAUAUGGGAAGAAGUCUAAGUCAAUUGAUUGCAUCGAAUUUGCGAACAAGCUGCGAGAAACAAAAAACAGGAUGAAGAUGGAUCUGUAUAAGUUGGCCGGCUCGGCACAGGUCGUCGCGAUGCGGAUCUAUGAGACAAAGGAGAAUGUAGAAGCAGUACGGAAAGGGAAAUAUAGUCUUUUGGAAAAGUUUCAGGAAUUAUAUCUCAGGGAGAACUUGAAAGAUGCCAAAUUCGAUGAGAUGAGCAUCACUGGAAUCAGAGGGGUGAAAAUGAUGAUGGAGCCUCCCUACUUCAAAACUGAAGACGGAAUGUCAUUUGAAUUUCCAAAUGCUAAUCGUAAUGCUCAGAAGAACCACAUGCCUUUUCCCGUGCGGAAACAAAAGUGGACGUCUAAGGAUUUGAAAGCCUUAAAACAAGCUAUUAAAGAAUGUGUCGUUUCACAACGGAUUGAUGACUUAAACGGACGUUAUUCGGAGCUUUUAUUGGAGUCGGACAUCCGUCGAAAGGACGAACUGUGUCGAGAAGGGAAACUAGUCGAUGAAUUUAACCAGCCUCCUCGGAAACGAAGGCGUGGACGACCAACCAAGGAGGAAACUAUGAGACGUGACAAGUAUGGGAUUGUUUAUCCAGUCCUGUUUCGUACACCGAAUCACACAGUUGCGUACGAACUGUUGCCCAAACAGCUCAGCGAGUGGAGAACCAUGAUGGAAAAACACCUGCGAAACAUGAACUUUGGCACGUUGAUGAAAGACAAAAAUAACGACAAUCUGGUCGAUUGGCAUGAGGUUUCUCUGAAAAUGAUGAAUCGAACAAAGAAAUUGCGGUCUGCUGAUGAUUGCAGUCGCACAUACACGCAUGCCAUUGAUCCCAAGAUUAAUCACAAGAGAUUGACAGCUGAACAAACCAAGCAAAUUCAACAUCUGAACGACGUGGAGAAGGUGCAGGACUGGGACGAGAUCGCCAGACGAAUCAGCGUCGAUAGGAAUGGUCAACCGACUCUGCCACAUACAGCAUUUCAGUGCAUGAAACGCUACAUAACACAUGUUGCUCCUCCCCCAAAACCCGUGUGGACUAAAGAAAUGGACGAAAAACUCAAAACAGGAAUUCAAGAAAAUCCAGGACAUUGGCAAAAGGUUGCCGCAUCGCUGAAUCAUGAGGGAAUUACGAAAAGGGUGGCACAGGAGCGGUACAAAAAGCUGAAUCCGUUCAUCAAAGUGGGACCGUUUUCUCGUACGGAAGACUGCUUGUUACUUCUAACCAUGCAACGUUUGAAACCUUUUCUCUGUGAUGAGGGACAUUUUGGCUAUAUGUUGCAAUAUCUUCCAUGGCGGUAUGAAACCACUUGGCGCGACCGUGCUACCAAUCUAUUCAACGAUUGGAUUGUCCCUUGGACUUUGGCGGAAGAUCGCUUAUUAAUGGAUUUGGCUGUAUCGAUGAAUCGCAACUGGCAAAAGAUUUCUAAGCAAUUUUCUUCCUUCAAGAAUAGGAAAGGUUGCUUGACCCGAUACAACCUCUUAUCCCGUAAUUUGGCAGAUAAGCACUCUACACUGGAAGAGUACCACGAGGCGUAUGCAAUGACUCGCUACAAUGUGUUCCAAUAUCGACACUUGCCUGACAUUCUGACAAAGCUGACAGAGGUGAAGGAGAAAACGUUGCCAUCAGCCACUCCGUUUUGCUUCCCAGCGAAUCCUCAACAGCCCCCAACUGAAGAGCAACUUGUACGUAUGAUGGAAAUGUUUAACAGGGACAUUCUACUGGCAACCAUUACCUCUCUGGACAAGUACAUACAAAGUCGAGAUGAAUACUGGGGGACUUGGAACGACAAAAAUGGCGUCAAACAACGAACAUUUGAUCGAAGAACUUUCCGUCCUAGCAAUCCUCAAAGUGUGGCAUCUGCGAUUCAUAUUCGAGGCCUCAAGUUGAAACCGAAGGAAGGUUUUGACAACUUGAACGAUUUUGAGGAGGAGAUCUACGUCCAUUAUUCACGAUUUUCUCGCACAAAGUCCCUCAAGGCGGGCAUCAAGCGUCCCUACCUUCCCCCCGCGUCAUUUUUCUACAAGUGGAAAGACGUUGAACGCAUCAUUGAAGAACAUGAUGAUCCUGUCGCCUUGGAAGAAGAAGAACAAGAGGCUGGCGAAGGUGUUCCACACUGCAGCAAGAAGUGGACCCGAUUGCUAAAAAACAGUAAUAAAAAGGAUCACGACGAAGAUAGUGACGACGAGUUGGAAGCAGAAACCGGUGAUGAUGACAGUGAUGACGAAAGUGAUGAUUCUGAAAAUUCUAAUGACGAAGAUGAUUCUGAAAAUUCUAAUGACGAAGAUGAUUCUGAAAAUUCUAAUGACGAAGAUGAUGCUGAAACUGCCAACAACAAUGAAGACGACGAUGAUAGUGACAAUGAGGUAGAUAAACUAGAAUACGAUGAUGACGAAAGCAUGCACUAUGAAAGCGAUGAUGCUGAAAAUGCAAAUCAUAAUAAUGCUGAAAAUUCCAACAAUGAGGGUGCUAAUAAUGCCAAUAACAGUGACGAUUCUUCUUCUGAUGAGGGUGGCUGGGUGACUGUUGAAGAAGGAGAUGAUGAAACAAUUGACGUCGACGUCGAAGGUAUUUCGGACUAAGGCAUUUUUAGACCAAGUCUGAUUCUUCGAACGACGAUUAUUAAUAAUUAUUACUAAUAUUAUUUAAAAAAAACUAAUUACAUUAUUACUUUAUAAUUAUUAAUUAACACGUUGUUAUACUUUUACAUACAGCUUUGUAAUGUAAAAGUAAUAAAUUAAAUUGUAUUCUUAUAACAAGUCAAAGCGGCAUUAACAAAUUCCGAGUAGUUAACAAAACUUUGUAUUAAUUUACAAAUUAACAAAAUUCCGAAUUAGCAACAGGACAUAUUAUCAGGAAUCCAUUGUAAUCUUAAACAGAAACUCAUUAUUCAUAUUAUAACUUAGAUUUCGUUCAAAUUUGUUAUAACUGUGGUCUCCAAAUUUAAGGCUAUAAUUGCAAACGUCGAAGAGUUACUUAUUUACAUAAUUUCGAAUUAUUAACAACAUUGUUAGUUCGUUAAAAAAUUGGAAUAAGUAACGGAUUCUAUCUAGCGAUUUCGCUCCAUUAUUAGACCUAUGGGUUACCUUAAAAUGCGAACCAAAAUUCAAUAAUUCGAUCGUGGAAUACUAAUAUGGAAAAUGCAAUUAUUUUGCAAAGUUCAACAUAUUGGAAAAUUGGGGUCAGAAAUCAAGGAAGCGACCAAAAUAUGGUCCAAAAUAAAUGUAUGAAUUUUUUCCAGUCAUAUUCGACCAUA